AUGUCCUUCCUGAAUAGAAACAACCUAUUUGGCGGUUCUGGCGGCCAGUCUCGCGAUCCAUAUGGGCAACAGCCUAGUCCAAACCGAGGCCCGCGCCCGGGUUACUCAGGUGGUCCUCCCGGCGGAUACGACACGCCUAUGAACAAUGGAUAUGAUUCACCUCGAUCAGGAUUUGGCAACCCUGGUCUGCCGGCAAGAAAUAUGCCCCCUCCGCGUCAGAUGGGCCAUCACCAAAGUCCUAGCAGAGGCGGGGGCGGUCAUAGAUCGCAGGGAGGCGCGUUGACCCUACAGCCUACAAAAGCGCCCGACAACUCGUACACCUUUCGCAAUCUGGUGGCGGUCUCCAGCCAGGACUUCCCUCCCGCAUAUGAUGGCACAGACAUCUUCCUGCUCAUCAAUGGCAUGUACGUUGUCUCAGCACGACCUCUUGAUCCAUUCCCACGAGGCAGUAUCGGCCUGUCAGAACCGCAGCGAUCAUGGAUGGGUGUGGCAUUGACAGAUCUGCUGCAAGCGGAGAUAUAUGAUCCCUUCACUGAGGGUGGACAAGCAUAUAUUGGUGCUAUGGAUAUCGAGGUUGGCUUUGCUAGUACCAGAAAGACGACAGAUACGCCUUACGACCAGGAUGACUUGGCGAAAGAAAUUAUCAAGCUGUUCCAAAGUCAGAUGUUCGCUCCAAGCCAGAGAUUUCUCAUGGACCUCAAGAGCAUUCCCUUGAACUUGGUAGUCAAGACCGUCCAGUUAGCCGACUUGAGUGAGAAGGCCGCCCCGACGACAUCGGAUCCUCACGCCAGAGGUAUCUUGACACCCCAAACCCAAAUCAAUUUCUUUAAGGAUGGCAAGACUCCGAUUAAUCUGAAGGCCUCAUCGAGACGACCGGCCGCAAAUUCGAUUAUUGCUCCUGACUUCAAAUUCGAAGACAUGGGUAUUGGCGGGUUGGAUUCUGAGUUCGUCACUAUUUUCCGAAGGGCCUUCGCUUCGAGAGUGUUUCCUCCUGGCCUGGUCGAGAAACUGGGCAUUCAGCACGUCAAGGGGAUUCUGCUCUAUGGUCCUCCUGGCACGGGAAAGACCUUGAUCGCCCGACAAAUCGGAAAGAUGCUCAACGCCAGAGAGCCGAAAGUCAUCAACGGUCCCGAAGUCUUGAACAAAUUCGUCGGUCAAUCCGAGGAGAAUAUCCGCAAACUCUUCGCAGACGCCGAGAAAGAGUACAAAGAAAAAGGCGACGAGUCAGGUCUGCACAUCAUCAUCUUUGAUGAACUUGACGCGGUAUGCAAGCAAAGAGGCAGUGGAGCCGGCGGCGGCACCGGCGUUGGUGACAGCGUGGUGAACCAACUCCUCUCGAAGCUCGACGGCGUCGACCAACUUAACAAUAUCCUCCUGAUCGGAAUGACGAAUCGGAAAGACAUGAUCGACGAUGCUCUCCUCCGCCCCGGUCGCCUCGAAUUACACAUGGAAAUCGCCCUUCCGGACGAACAUGGUCGUGCUCAAAUCCUUAAAAUCCAUACCGAGAAGAUGCGGGUCAACCAUGUCCUCGACCCUGAUGUCGACGUGACGGACCUUGCGCACAGGACCAAGAACUUCUCCGGCGCCGAAAUCGCCGGGUUGGUCAAGUCCGCCACUUCAUUUGCCUUUUCUCGGCACAUCAAAGUUGGCACCAUGGCAGGUAUCACAGACGACGUCGCCGACAUGAAAGUCAAGCAACAAGACUUCGAGAAUGCAUUGGAAGAAGUCAAGCCGGCGUUCGGUGUCUCUGAAGAAGAACUUACCUACUGCCUCCGUGGUGGCGUGAUCCAUUUCAGCCAAUAUAUCAAAGAUGUGCUCGAAGAAGGCAACCUCUUCGUCGAACAAGUCCGGAACCCGGAAUCGACACCCCUCUUCUCCGUCUGUCUACACGGUCCACCCGGAUGCGGCAAAACCGCCCUGGCCGCGAAGAUCGCCAUCGACAGCGGCUACCCGUUCAUCAAACUGAUCAGCAACAAAGACACGCUCGAAAUGUCCGAGUCCCAAAAGAUCGGAUAUCUGUCCAAAGUGUUCAUGGACGCGUACAAAUCGCCCAUGUCCUGCGUUGUCCUGGACGAUAUAGAGGAAUAUACCGAGUGGACGCCCAUUGGGCCGCGCUUCAGCAACCCCAUCCUCAAGUCCUUGGUCGCCCUUUUGCGCAAGGCGCCUCCCCCGGGUCGAAGCCUGCUGAUCAUCGUGACCGCCACGGAACGGUCCGUGCUGCAACAACUCGACUUUUGGAGACACUUCAACAGCGACAUCCCGGUCGCGAAUGUCCGCACCUACGACGAAUUAGAACACAUUAUGAAUGAAUCGAAGACGUUCCAAGCCGGGGAGGUCGCCAAGGCUAUUGCCGAGAUCAAGGACAUCACCCGCUCGGACGAGGUCGGCGUGGGUGUCAAGCAUGUCUUACAGGCCAUUGAGACCGCCAAGUUUGAUGCAGACAGAGUCAGCAGAUUCGCCGGCACGCUGAGUAGGAGUAUUGCUGAGCGAGGUGAUGCGGGAAGCGCAUUUAGAUAA